AUGGAAUUUCAAUAAUAAGAAUACGAUGUCGAAUUUGUUCAUGGAAAAAGAUAUCUAAAUAGCUUUGAAUACUAUAUUAAAUGGGUAGGAUAUUCUAAAAAAGAAUCUACUUGGGAACCAGAGACUGCUUUUGAAGGAAUUUCUAAUUAAUUAAUUACUAGAUUUGAAAGAUGCCAAAAUUAUAAAAAUUAUCAUACCAAAAUUUACAAAGCAAAUAGCCAUAUAAAAAUUAGAGUACAUAUUAUGAAUAAAGGAUGUUAAGUAUAUAAAAAAUAUACAUCUGAAAAUAAAUAUACUCUAUUAGCUUAAACUAAUAAAACAGAAUCAAAUGGAUAAAAUUAUAAACUUUUACAAGAACCUAAUAAUUAUAAAAAUUAUGAAAGUAUUUCAAUUCAAUAAUAUUUAAUAGAUAGGAAUGAUGAUAAAGAAGAUUAUGACUUUUUUAUGAGAAGAGGCAGAGGUAGACCAAGAAAGAGUGAAACUGAUAGAGAGUUUCUUUCUUAUAAAAAUGACUAUAAAAUAGAAUCAUAAAAAUAUUUACAUAAAUAGUAUCCAUUACAAAUUACAGAAUGCAGUUUUAAAUAUGGCCAUUAUAAAACUGAAAAAGAAUUCAUUUAAGAAAUGUUAUUGAUGAUAAAAAAGAAAGAAUAAAAGAAAAAGAGAGAUGAUGAAGUCAUUAUAUAUAAACCAUAAGCUUCUUUACCUUCAGGAUAUAAAAGUCAAUAUACUGAUUUACCAAAGUUUAAUUUACUAAAUCAAAAAUAUUAUGAUAAGAAUUCAAAAUGUUAGGUAAGUGAUGGCAAAAUUCCAUUAGAAUGUAUUAUUUCUCAUCAUCUUAUGUAAAAUAAAUUACUUGUAUUCAAAUGUAAAGAUAAUGAUGAAUAAGUUUGCUAUUUUGAUUUUGAUACUCUUAAAUCUUAUUAUCCUACAUUACUCCUUGAUUAUUUAUCUAUAACCUCCAUUUGGAAAAAAUGA